AGAAGUGGCGAGGCGGGAGGGCGAGACCGGGACGGGGUUGGCCGCAGCUGCAUCAUCGCAGAGCGACCGCCGCGGGAGAUUGAAGUGCCUGCGCCGCCGCCGGGGCCCUGGCGAGGCGAGAAGGAGGCGGCGCCGCUGCCGCGAGCCGCCGUGCGGGGGAGGGAGGGGGGAGCGCGCCCGCCCCUCCGCCCGAGUGCGAGCACAUCUACGGAAACGCCGGGAAUCUCUGCCCAGAGGAAGAGGUCGGAUCGGGACCUUGCUGUAGCAGCUUCCAGGAACCGCUGCUAGGCCCUCUAGAGAAGCCUGCAAGCGACGUUUUUACGGGGCUAGAAGUCCAGGCUGUGCAGUGAAAGUUUCCUCCUUCUCUCCGUGAUUCUCACAUGCAAUUUGAUAACGUGAAGCGGGUGGCUUUUCCUGUUGCUGCUGCUGUCUCCAGUGCUGAGAGAGGCUGGUGGUCUCCACCCCCACCUGCUGCGGUUUCCUUCACCUGGCCCUAGAGCUGUGGGUUUGCAUCACCAUGUGGGGUUAGGAGGUGCAGUGAGCAUCUGCAGCGCUUAGCAGUAAACAUGGAGGCGGCGGGUAAACCAGAUGGCGGGGAGCAGAGUCAUCAAGGCAGCAGCACGGACACUCCUGGGGACGCUUCUAUGGACCGCUACUUGCGAUCUCAGGGCUUAUAUAGAAAGAGAGUUGCCAAGGAUGGAUCCUGUCUCUUCAGAGCUGUGGCUGAGCAGGUAUUAAACUGUCAGUCUCGGCAUAUUGAUGUUAGGAUGGCUUGUGUUGAUUAUCUUCGGAAAAAUAGGGAGAAAUUUGAAGCAUUCAUAGAGGGGCCAUUUGAAGAAUACUUAAAAUGUUUGGAAAACCCACAGGAAUGGGUUGGACAAGUAGAAAUAAGUGCCCUUUCUCUUAUGUACAAGAAAGACUUCAUAAUCUACCGGGAACCAAAUGUUUCUCCUUCACAUGUAACUGAAAAUGGCUUUUCUGAUAAGGUAUUGCUGUGUUUCUCAAAUGGAAACCACUAUGAUAUUGUUUAUCCCAUAGAGUAUUCAGAAAGAGCUGCUCUCUGUCAGUCUCUUCUGUAUGAACUGCUGUAUGAAAAGGUAUUUGAUACAGAUGUAAAGCAAAUCAUAGCAGAGCUUAGUGCUGUUGAUGUGACAGAGGAAAGUAAUGGUAGCAGUGAAGUAUCUGCUUCAGAUUCAGAAGAUGACAACUACAGGAGUAAAGCUACAACAGUUAGUGAUAUGAAUGGAUUAAAGUCUCUUUCUGGCAACAAGCACCUUAAGGGCAGUGGGAAUCCUACCUUCUUGGUCUUGCCUAAAAAAGUCCUUAAAUCACUCAACCCAUCAGUUUACAGAAAUGUUGAAUAUGAUGUUUGGCUACAAUCCAAAUGGGAUCAGCAAAAACAAGAUUUUUCUAUUGCUGCUGUCAUGCAAUACUCAGUUGGCGAUAAAUGUAAAGUGCGCUUAGACCAUAAUGGGAAAUUUUAUAAUGCUCAUAUUCAAGAAGUUUGCUCGGAAAAUGGUCCAGUUGUUGUAUUUGUAGAAGAGCUUGGAGAAAAGCAUACUGUCUCACUGAAGAGCCUUAAACCUCUUCCACAAACCUCUCCUAUGGAGGGCUGGAACACUGUGCCAGGGAAGAAGAUAAAGAAGUUUUUCCCAACAUGGGGGCAGAAUGCUCAGCCUGAUGCAGAUUGCAGAGGGCCAAAGAAUCAUAGCAAGCCAAUAAAACCCCAGUCAUCACUACCUCCUCGACUUCAGCAUACUGUGGGAACCAGGCAGCAUCAGUUCUUAUGUUCUGGACCCCAAUCUCAUCAGACCUCAACUGAGCAAAAAGCUCCAGGCAGGAAUCCUUCCCAAACUGUGAGAAAACCAGAUCAUGAGAGGACUGAGGAUCUGAACCAGAGUAACAGAGAUAGUAACUACUUUGGCCUGUCCCCGGAGGAACGCAGGGAGAAACAAGCUAUAGAAGAAUCUCGUUCGCUUUAUGAGAUUCAGCAGAGGGAUGAACAAGCUUUUCCUGCCCUUUCUAAUAAUCAGUCAGUUUGUCAAGCUGCUACACAAACUGUAGAUAAUUUCAACCAGAAAAAGUUCCCAAAUAAUGAGAGAAGAAGCAGCAAAUGGACUGCAGAAGUGGAAGAGCAGAAGAGUAAAGAGUCAAAUUCCAGGCAGAUCCACUUAAGUCAGAAGCUUGAGCCAAAUUCAUCUGAGAAGAAUAGUCAAGAUGAGAGUUAUCCAAAAGCUUCAUCUCCUUUGGAACAAGUGAAAACAGACUCUCCGAUUCUUGCUGAACAAAAACUGACGGAAUGCUUACCAAGUACAACUCCAGCACCCUCACCAGUCUUUUCUGAGGUACAUUUGCCUCCAGCAGUGCCUUCUGUACCAGCCAUUGUGCCAGCUUGGCCAAGUGAGCCAACAACCUAUGGACCGCCAGGUAUUCCAGCCCAAAUACCUGCUCCUUCAUUGAUGCCGGCCCCAGCAACGGGACCUGAUUCUAUUGUAUCCCAGGCUCAGGUAACAUCUACUCCAGUUGCUGGAGUUCCUGUGUCGAUACAAGCAGUUAACCAGCCUUUAAUGCCUUUGCCUCAGACUCUGAAUCCUUAUCAGGAUCCACUAUACCCUGGAUUCCCUUUUAGUGAAAAGGGAGAAAGAGCCAUUGCACCCUCUUACUCCCUGUGCAGUUCUGGGGAGGACUUGCCUAAAGAUAAGAAUAUUCUUAGGUUUUUCUUCAACCUUGGUGUGAAGGCAUACAGCUGCCCCAUGUGGGCACCCCAUUCUUAUUUGUACCCCCUGCAUCAGGCCUAUUUAGCUGCUUGUAGAAUGUACCCGAACGUUUCUCUUCCUGUGUAUCCGCACAACCUCUGGUUCCAGGAGGCUCCGCUGACUCAGAAUGAAAGUGAAACUGCACGAACAAACAGGCACUUUCCUAUUCAGAAUGAGGCCCAAUCCAAUGGUCAGAGUUCGCAGGUUGAUCAUAGGUCUCCAUCACUGCCUCUGAUUAUACCUACAGCUCAGCUGUCAGAAAGUCAAGGACAAAUCUGCGUAGAAUCGGAGACUCCGGUGCAAGCUCUUCACGCAAACUACGAUGAGUCCCUGAGAGGGAAAACUGUGUUUCCACAACCACCCUUUGGACACGGUCCCUUUAUAGGAGCUGUUCCAAUAGCACCUCCUUUCUUUCCUCACUUUUGGUAUGGGUACCCAGUUCAGGGUUUUAUUGAAAAUUCAGCAGCAAGACCUAAUGUUGUCAUGUCAUCCGAGGACAAAGAGGGAACACCUAGCACCUCUGCAAACGCGUAUUUGGCUAAAGAAUGCAGCCCUCCAGUUCCUGGAGGGAGCUGUGUAGAACAGCUUCAGAAGACUAACAGUGGCAGUAGCCCCAGCACUGUACCGCUGCCUGUGGCUGGUGCAAGCAGUGUAUGCAGUAUCCCAAAUGAAACUCUGGCCAGGGCACCUAAGUUGGAGCAAACUUGUACUUCCGCUUCUCCUGCUAAACCAGCAAUAGCUGGGCUGCAAAAUCGUGCUCCGCAAAUACAGGGGAUUGAGAGGCAGGCAGCGAUGCCAAACCCUACUACGCCAUUGUUGGCAGAACCACCAAAAAAUGAACUGAAAAAUACUGUUCCCAGUCGUAAGGAGAAGAGUGAUAAAGUCAGAGACUCCAAGGGUGCUGGUAGCCUGCAGGCAGAAAGCAGGGCACAGAGAACAAGGGAAGAAAGCUCUGAAGAUGAAAGUGAAGUUUCUGAUAUGCUGAAAAGUGGUAGAUCCAAGCAAUUUUAUAACCAGACUUAUGGAGGAGGCAGAAGGCCUAGACUUGAAUGGGGUUAUUCUAGUAGGGGAGGAUACCAGUUCCAAAGAAAUGAGGAGGCCUGGAAAGGACCACCCGGCAGAAGCAGAGAUGAAGGCUACCAGUAUCAGCGAAACUUCAGAGGGAGGCCAUAUAGGAAUGACAGGAGAAGGGCAAUGCUGGGAGAUAAUCAGAGAGGGCAUCAAGCAUAGAGUGAAUGGAUAAUUGAGAAUUUUCAAAUGCAAAAAGUAAUUUGAUGUAGAUGUUUAAAAUCUUUAAUAUUUUUUCUUUUUAAUAAAUCCCAAGGUCUUAAGUUUUGGCGAGUAAAGACAAGGAGGAUGUGAACUCCUAGUAUUUUGUUUCUUGGGGAUUAAAAGUUUGUUUGGCUAAGCAUUUUUUUUUCUUGAUGUCAAAUUAGAAAACAUAUUAUAGGUUUAGUGUUUGAUUUUUUUUUUCUCCCCCCCCACAGAGGUUUGUUUGUGAUAUAAGAUGGUUAAAUGUGUUUCCUAGAGUGACAAAUUAUAGCAUUUGAUGUGAUCUGGAUUCUAAAAUCAAUGGUAACAUUGCACCAAAUAUAAAUAUAUAUUUUAUCUUACAAUGCCUUAGUUCUGAACUGAGCUAAAGGAAUUCUCAGCCUACUGCACUGUUGUCUUUGAUAUGCUUCCAACCCAAAGGCCUUUCAUCUCAAGAAUCUGUCAGACUUGAAUGUUUCUCUUCAGUGUGUUAAACAUAUGGCAGCCAGCUAACCUUGUGUCUUAGGUAUGUUGUAUAUAGUUCUUUUAAUAUUCAUAGGGUAUAUUUUUGAAUUUUAAAAGCAUUUAUUUGUUGAAAUCAAAAUCAAGACAAGCAGUCGAGAAUAGCUGUGUGUGAAUUGAUAGGAAUGGCUGUUUCCACCAAGAAUUCUUAAUGCUGGUGCGACUAGAAUGGUGCCUAUGCCAACUUAAUAAUUACAAAGACAAUAAAAAUGUAGAUGCUAUGCAUUUCCAAAAUAAUUCUGCAUCUGUUAUAAUAGCAGAAGUUUUUUUAAUGCCACUUUAACACUAAUGCACUGACAAAUCCUAGAUGUUUUGUGAGGAGAGAUACAUAAAGUACAUGUUACUUUUUUUUUAAGUUUGUAUGAUGAGCUACUGUUCAGUAUUCUUUUUGUUGUUGCACUGUUGAUGCAAAUUUGUGUUUUGCAUGUACAACUCAUUGCUGGAACUACUUUUUUAUAAACAAGAUGGAUAUAGUCUCAAAGUGUGCUCUGCUUUUCCCUAGAAUUCAGAAGAAAGUGGCUUCUGCCUUAUUUUUACACUGUGUCAGAAUUCUGAUUGCUGUUUCUUCUGACCCCUAGAACGAUCUCUGCAGUGUUGUUCUUGCCUUUGCAGUUUGGAUGUUCAGCUGUCCAAACUCAGUGUGCUGUGUGCACAGUAUUCACUCAGCUCUGUUGCUCUGUAAAAUAAACUGUUGUGUAUAUUUUUAUAUCUCUGUAUAUACCAGUGUAAGAGGUGAUGGUACCCUUUUAUUAAUGUCUGAAAUUGUACACCCUUGAUCAGGAAACUUGCGUGAUAGUUAUAUGUGAAAUUUUCUUUUCAGAUGCAUGCUGUGUAUAAACCCCCUAAUUAAAAUAAGUGUUUGUCCUUUCA